AUGCAGCUUCCAUGUAUCGAAGUAUCACAAUUGGCGCCCUCGACUUCCUUCUAUGCUGCGGUUCUCCAACCACUUGGCCUUCGCUAUCUUCUGUCGGAAAGCGUAGCAUCUGGUCCCGACUUUGCAACCUUUGGCUGCUGCCGGGGCCCAGUCCUGCAUCUCCGCCAAAUCGCAAGGCCUACCGCGCUGCGACUAUCGACAAUUCGAAUCAGCGCUCCGACCCCGGAAUCUAUUCAGGCCUUCUAUAGGCAAGGACUGGAGGCAGCCCCAGCAUCCAUGUUUGCUGUCGAUGACUCUCUCAAUCAUUCCACGAUAUUCGACCUGGAUGGUAAUCGUAUGCAAGCUGUCUAUACCGGGCAUGUUUGCAGGCCUAAUGUUACCACUGGCCAGUAUACUCUAGUUCUUGAUCCUCAACAGGACACGCACGUUUUCCAAGUCCUCGAUUGGAAUAACUGCAAACCUGAGCAUUGUGGUGUUAAGAGUAUCGACGAUAGUGGCCGCACGACAGAAACGCUGGACAACCAAGACUCGCGCGAGCCAACGAAUUCAUUUCUGACAAAGACCGAGGACACCAAUACUCCUAUUGGCGGUAUGUCUACUGUUCUGGGUGCGCUUAUGGGUGUCGCAGCCGGCGCGGCAGCCGGGGCAGCGAUCACCUAUGGGGUCAUGUCAGCCAAGAAACCUGGGUUGGUUGCGACCGAAAUAGAUGGGAGACAAAGAUCCCUUCCCAACAAUGCACAAGCCCCGUCCAAUUCUAGUAUACCGAUCGGGACGGUUGACAGGGAUCAGCACGAACCAGUUCCGGUCAGAUCGCAACGAAUCAAAUUCCAGGAAGAUCAAUCAGUCCGUCCUCCAGUGUCGACUUGUCCGCCAGCAUCAGUUCGUCCGCCAACAUCAGUUCGUCCGCCAGCAUCAGUUCGUCCACCAGCGUCAGCUGGUGAACGCACAUUCGCUCCAGGCCAUAAAGGGAACAACGAGUGUGGUGAAGAAGAAGAACAGAGCAGGGAACUUAUCAGGGUUUUGAAAGACGUUGAACUCUCUCCGAUGAAAUCGAGUUCCAGGGUCUCAGCCUCCGCACCUUCAAGGACUGUCCCCCCAAAUAGACGGCUUGCACCAGCCAACGCGGCCUCGGGUGCAGGAACGAUUGUUAGUGAGGGACAAUUAUCAGUCAAAGAGCCCGAGCCAUACUCCACAGCCCAUUUGCGCGUUUUUUCGUCAUCUACCAACCCCGCUCAGGCGUCAAAGGGGAGCAGUGAAUUCACAACGGUCGCAUCUUCGUUGACAUCGAAGCGCGAACAGAGCAAUACUCAAGAUCUUCAGCAAUGCGGCUUUGAUGCGAAGUCUUCCGUCUCGAAAGUAUCAUCUGUCUCGCGUCUGAAGGAAACAUCCUCUCCGAAACCGCGUUCUACUAUUCAAUCUACCGAGGUAUCGCAGCCCUCCUCCAGGACUGCUCCUCACCGGCCCGGCACAACUGAAUACUUUGACUCGCGAAGUCAUGUCUCCGCAAGGCAAAAGAAUGUAUCCGCAAGUCGAAAUCCUAGCGGCGAGGAUAGUCGCAAUCACAUUUCAGCAAAGGACGUACCGCUACCCCCUAGUCGGGUAGGUAGUAACGACUUCUACGAUACACAAAGUCAUGUCUCCGCUAGGAAGACAGAUGUAUCCGCUAGCCGCCACCGCAGCAGUGAAGUCAAACGCAGUCAUGUCUCGGCAAAAGACGUCCCGCUACCCCCUAGUCGGGUCGGUACUAGCGAGUUCUUCGACACACGAAGCCAGGUCUCCGCUAAGAAGUCGGAUGUAUCCGCUGGUCAUCACCACAACAUGGAGGAUAAGCGCAGUCGCGUCUCAGCAAGAGAUAUUCCACUUCCGUCUAAUCGGGUAGGUACUAGCGAUUUUUUCGAUACAGUCAGCCAUGUAUCUGCUAGAAAGGCAUCUUCGUCUGCAAGCCGUAAGAAUGCUGGUGGCGCUGAGGAUUUGCGCAGCCACGUCUCCGCUAGGAAUAUCGCACUGCCAGCUAGCUGCGUGGACGGCGUUAGCAAGGUAACCGGCCACAGUAGCCGUGUCUCGGCGCGAAAUAUUCCACUUCCCGCCAGUUGUAUCGGUUCCAAUGAUCAUGACGGCUCGCAGAGCCAUGUCUCCGCGAGACAUGUCCCGCUACCAGGUAGCCAUGUUGGAAACAGUCGCACAAAUUGGGACGACGACUUUAAAAGCAUAGCGCCAAGCGACAGCAUCAGUUGUGUCGGAACCUUAGGCGAGUCCAUACCCCCAGAUACCGCGCACGCUGUCAGUGUGUCCUUGCCCACGUGGGAGUCAAACAUCGGUUAUGAGGAAGGCGCAUCAUGGGUUGUUAGCCGGAUGACCACUGGCUAUCCUAGGUUUUUUGUCCAUAGAAGCAUUACCGAGCUAAGCCAUGCGAUUGUCUCUGCCUACGGAAGAGAAGACCAGCAAGCCAUGCUCUUUUCUACACCACAGGCAGUCGAGCGUUGCUUAGACUUUAUGCGAAAGAGAGCUCUUGAGGCUCUUGCUAUCCAAUUUCAGUCGAUAUCAUUCGAGCUCAAUCUCUCCGAAGAUACUUCUCCAGUUCUGAGUGGUCUAGCCUCGACCAUAGCUGCAGCUCUAUUUCCCGCAGAUGCCUUUGGGCUUGCCAAGCAAUAUUGGCAACAUACUGGAGACGGAGUGUCGAGUCGACGUGCAGAAUUCUUUCACGAUCUCCUACGAGCCGGCAUCAUGGUACCGAGUAGUUCUAAAAAUGCUAUUCGCGAAAUCACACUCAAGUCUUCACGAGGCCCAAAGCGGUACCAACGCACAAAUUCGGUGGAUGAAACCGCAGCACCUAAUUCGGAGGCUGUCUUUGCGACUUCUAAUGACACCAAAGAAAGCUCUAGAUUUUUGGAAGAGCGAUUCGGUAGAAAUCUGGACCUCUCGCUAGCCAAAAGAGCUAAAUCAGCAAUUCGUCGCAGGAUUGCUGGGUCACUGGUUAGCGAAAAUGAUCUAGUAGAAGGAGCGGUACUGAAGCUUCCCCUACGAUCGCUUCGCACCAGAAACCUAAGCGAAUCCGAUAUAUACCUUUUCCCUACAGGUAUGAACGCGAUCUUCAACGCGCAUCGUGCAUUAAUGGCCGCCAGAGGACGGCUUCAGAGUGUCAGUUUCGGGUUCCCUUACGUCGAUACUCUAAAAAUUCUGGAGAAAUUCGGGCCUGGCUGUAUAUUCUAUGGACAUGGCUCAUCUUCUGACCUGAAUGAGCUCGAGAAGCGGUUGGAGAAGGGCGAACGUCUUCUGGCCCUCUUUUGUGAGUUCCCUGGCAAUCCUCUUUUAGCCAGUCCGGAUUUGCAAAGAAUUCGAAGACUCGCGGAUAUUUUCGACUUCGCUGUCGUAGUGGACGAAACUAUUGGUACAUUCGCAAACGUGAAUGUUCUUCAAUCUGCCGAUAUUGUCGUCAGCAGCCUCACGAAGAUUUUUUCUGGGGAUUCCAAUGUGAUGGGGGGCAGCGCUGUUCUGAACCCUAGCAGCAAAUACUAUAGACUGCUCAAAUCCGCAAUGGACAUAGUGGUUGAAGACAACUAUUGGCCGGAGGACAUCAUCUUCAUGGAGAGGAACAGUCGAGAUUUCCUCAACCGAGUGGAAAGAGUCAAUGCAAAUGCCGAGGCUAUCUGCGACAUUCUACGGGGCCACUCUCUCGUGAAAGAUUUGUUCUAUCCAAAGUUCAAUCCGUCUCGAGAUCUAUAUGAGCGCUUUCGUCUACCACAUGGUGGAUAUGGUGGUUUGCUAUCUGUUGUAUUUCAUCAUCAAGUCAGCGCACAAGCUUUUUACGAUGCUAUGGAUAUCGCGAAGGGGCCAAGCCUGGGCACGAAUUUUACAUUGUGCUCUCCAUACGCCUUAUUGGCUCACUAUAAUGAGCUUCCUUGGGCGGCACAAUUUGGGGUAGACCCGGACUUGGUGCGCGUCAGUGUUGGGCUCGAGGAUAAAGAUAUCCUCAGCGAGACGUUUUGCAGAGCUCUUCAAGCAGCUGAAAACGCAACGAAGCAGAUAGACGAACAGAGGACGGAGGUUCAGCAUUGGACGUAG